AAGCCCAGUCUCCCACAAUGCCCCGCACUUUGCUUUGCAGGCUCCACUGAAGGCCCUUUAUGGCUCGUUUAUAGGUGGGAGCAGGCAGGAUGUUUCCCCGCAUCAGCGCCCUUCGCUGAAGCAGUUUGCAGCAGACGGGCCUAUGCUGAUGUCCCGGACUGCAGGUCGGGGAAACUGAGGCACAGAAAGUGAGUCACUCGGCUGAGCAGGACUCUCCUUGCAGCCGCUUCUCCUGGAGGCAUCGAGGUCAUUGCACAUUGCUUCUGUGCUCUCAACGCCCGUUGUUUGCUGGCACCUUGGAAGCGUGGAGAUGGAGGAGGAAAGAGCCCGACUUGAACGUAGAGGGGUCAGGAAUGAAGUCCUGCAAAAAACAAAACAAAACAGGAAAGGCCCUGGGCAUGCUACCUUGCCUCUUCAGACCAGGCAGUCUUCGAGAGAGGGGAUGAUGCACACGGAGGGCACCCGGCACAGGAGAAACCCAACCUCUGGCGUCUCUUUGGGCCCUACAAGUAAAUUGAACCAGCCGCUACCACCUGGAGGUGGACUGGACCUGACAGCCUCCAUUUUUGCCCAGCCAACCCGGAGGAACCGGAGAGACGCAGCCACUCAGCGCACAGCCCAGGCCGGAGCGAAAGGCGGCACCACGGGGAAGCCUUGGCCCCUUCCUCCCUUUGGAAGCAGGGCAGCGCAGCCACGAUGCUACAGCCCCGGAUAUCAUCCAGGUGCUUCGCUGCGCGGGUGCAAGGAGCUGCUUGGAGGUGGCAGAAAGUGCAUUGCCAACAGUGCCGGAUCCAGCGCUGCAACGCCGACUACGUGGCCGCCACGUCUCCGAGCCAUGCCUUGCCGGAGGAGACGCUGCCGGACGUGGAUUACUGCAUCGCCUUGCGGGCCUAUUCCGUGUGCACCCGAAAGACCGCCAAGUCCUGCCGCGGGGAUCUGGUGUAUCAUUCUGCCGUCUUUAGGAUAAAGGAACUCUUUGCACAGUACAACUGCUCCAGUGACGGGCCCACGUCCUCGGCCAAAGCCCCCGGCACGCCGGACCCUCUGCUCUCCGAGCUCUGCAACUAUGAGAGCAGGUCUGGCUUUCAGAAGAGGUUUGCCCAUUGCGGGUUGUUUGGGGACCCUCACUUACGGACAUUCAAGGACGAGUUCCAGACGUGCAAAGUGGAAGGAGCGUGGCCGCUAAUAGACAAUCAGUACCUCUCGGUCCAGGUCACCAAUGUCCCCGUGGUUCUGGGAUCCAGUGCCACGGCCACCAGCAAGAUCACCCUGAUCUUUAAGAGCUACCAGGGCUGCACGGAGCAGAAGGUUUACCAGGCCACCACCGAGGACCUGCCCCUGGCGUUCAGCGACGGCACGAGAAACGGGGGGCGGCAGGAGGGAGCCGGCAGCCUGCGCAUCCUGGAGAAGCCGGACACGCACCAGGUGGAGAUCCAAGCCCACUACAUCGGCAGCACCAUCAUCAUCCGCCAGGUGGGCCGCUACCUCACCUUCGCCAUCCGCGUGCCCGAGGAGACCCUGAGCCUCGCCGAGGAAGGCACCGGCCUCCAGCUUUGCCUGCAUGGCUGCCCCAAGAGCGAGCUGAUCCAGGAGCACCGGCUGAGCCUGGGCAACGUCAGCCCGCUCUGGCCGGGCUCCCGCUGGGCCUACACGGUGGAAACGGCCACGAAGCAGUGCCGCCACAUGCUGCAGGUGGAGGAUGUGUAUUUCCAGUCCUGUGUCUUUGACCUGCUCACCACAGGGGACCCUGAGUUCUCCGUGGCAGCCUACGGGGCCUUGGAAGACCUGAAGGCCUUGUACCCCAGCAGACUCAAGCUGCACACGGUCUCCAAGACUGUCAGCGUGGCAGGGAGUGCCCCGGGGCCCAGGCAGCCUCCUGCCCCUCUGCUCUGUUGUGCCCUUGCCUGUCUAACGCUGCUGCGGUGGUGCUAACAGCGGCGGUCUGACUGCGGUGGGAUCUGGCACGGGAAGAGAGCAUUGCCAGGCACUGGCCUUUCUUGCAGCAGAGUGGACAGGUCAAAGUCUCCUCCUCCUGCAAAACCAGGCGCUGGGUCCAGCUGAUCCUCCGCUCCGGCCUUGGCAGAAGGUAAAGCGUGGGUUGCUUAGGCAUGCUGGUUUCCAGGCACCAACCACUACUGGCCUGUGGGCAUUCGGAGGGGACCUGUCCCUCCACUUGUUUGGCAGAGGUGCCAGAUGCCAGCAGAGAGGCCUUCUCCAGGGACCUGCCCAGAGCCUUGGCUGAGGGGCCAACAGAAGUGUCCAUUUGCCAACCAGGAGCAUCUCUGCAGGUGACUUGCACAGGCCUCUCUGCCACCCUCUGCCCGCCUUGCUUGCUCAGCCCAUGGCAGUGCCUGACCGACCCCAUCCAGUGUGCAUCCUGCUGUUUUUGUCCACCCCUACACCACAGCAAAGUCCCCGGUUGUGGGGCAGGCCUGGCCUGGGUGCAGUGCUGGGAGCGGCCUCUUGUGCCCGCUGCCGCAGGCAUGACUGCAGGGAAGUGCCAUGCUACGCUGUGCCCGGGAGAGGGCACGGAUGCGGAGAAGCGGGGGCAGCAACCGCUUUAACCCAGCGCCUCCUCUCCAUGCUCUCGAGAGAAGCGCUUGGUGUGAGCGGUGCUCGGGGUGAUAGAGGACCCCAACUCCUGCUUGAUCUAUGCCAGACGUCUCCCGCAUGCAGCAGUAGCUACCACACGCACCUCCACUUGCCUUCUGGCCCCUCCGAGCUGCGGGGAACCGGGCACGCGGCUUCUCUGUAUAAUAUAUUUGCUGCCCAGAUGUGUAUAUUUCUGCUUGCCAGCCUGUAAAUGUGUCUGUACAUGCUGUACAGUGGGAGUCCCUCUGGCGCUGUGUGGUUGUGAACUUCGCAAACCCUUGUUAAUAGCAUUUUAAUCUCUAUUUUAAUUAAAAAAUACCAAACUAA